CCAGCGAGGAAUGUAUCUAUUAGUUGGAACACUGGAAGGAUACAUCUUUGUUAUCAAUGCCAACCCCUCAAGCUUAUUUCAGAUUCUUGGAUUCAUAGAGGUGAACAAAGGCAUUUUACAAAUUUCCACGGUGUCUCUUUUGGAAACAGACAUAGUGGAAGUGAUGGUUCUUUCCCCACUUCCAGAAACAGGAAGAAGCAGGCUGGAGAUAUUUACUCUGCCUAAAAUACUACCACACGUUUCUGCAAACUUUUCUGAUGAAAGAGGAAGGCUGAAUGAUGAAUUCAUUCAUAAGAUCCUGUAUGAGAUAGAGCAUACUCUGUCCUCUGCGGUGUUGGACUUUAAAAGUAACCAAAUAUAUGGCUUCUGUAAUCAAGUGCCAUACAUCUGCAGCUAUCUUCUUCCUGAAAAAGCACAUAGUGGUAUUUGCAUUCUUAAGCUGUACAAAAAAGUGCAGAGUGGACAUUAUGGACCUGGAAUGCUCUCUUUGUCUCCACAUGGAUUGUGGCUCAUAACAACAGCUAAAUGUGGCAUUCUGUGUAUCCGAGAUAUUCAUACUUUGGAAACAUUUGCUCAGUGUCGGAGUCAUUCUCACCAGGCACACGGGAUUCAAUCAGUGAGAAUUUCAAUGGAUGGACAAAACAUUCUGGUGAAUGGGAAAGGUGAUGGCACCCUUGUUUACCUAAGAUGGAGGCAGUUUGGAGGAAACUGAGCCAAUGAAAUUCCUGAAUAUUGCCAACAACUUUUAACUUAUUUAAACAACACCAUGGAUGAGGAGAAUAAUUAUUUAAAUAUAACCCGAGGAGAUGGCUCGGAUUUGGGAUCAGAAUCUGAACACACAAUAAAUAAGAAUAUGAGGUCAAGCAUUGACUCAUCGCAAGAAGAGUUAGUUCAAGUUGAUAAUACAAAGAAAAUUUCAUGGAUACAACAAAAAGGCCAAGAGGCCAUCAAAAAGGAGGUCAAAUUGUUUUCUGAGAAAAGGAAAGAGAUUAAAAAAGGAAUCAAAGCCCUUGCUAAAACUGUAAGUGUUGUGAUUUCAUAUAUGCAUACAUUUCGUCCUCAGGCUACAAUUACUUUUGAACUUUAUUUUGUUCAACACAGCAUGAGGAACUAUACCUAUUUUGUCCUCUGCCUGUAAGCUCAGUGUUCUGGGGUACUUAACAGGGUAGAAUUUGGG